AUGAUUUCAGCUAUCUCCAGCCCCUGGCUCACCCAGCUGUCCCAUUUUUGCGAUGUUGCAGCUUUCACGGCCAACAGCCUGAGCAGCCUGAACGCCUCCGGGGGGUACCACCUCUCCCCCUCCCCGGGGGACCCGUACGGACAGCAUGAGCCGCCGCACUACGAGCCCUGCACGGCUCAGCAGCACCCGCACCCGCCGCCCCAGCCCCAGCACGGCUACCCCUUCGGCGGGGCGGCGGCGGCGGCCGGGGCCAACCCGCCGCCCCCAGGCCCCGAGCCUCCCGAGGGCGCCGGGGGAGCCGCCGCGGGGCCUGCCGCCGUCUCGGGCUGCUCCGCGGGGGCGGCCGCCGCGGCCAAGGCGCCGGUGAAGAAGAACCCGAAGGUGGCCAACGUGAGCGUCCAGCUGGAGAUGAAGGCGCUGUGGGACGAGUUCAACCAGCUGGGCACCGAGAUGAUCGUCACCAAGGCCGGCAGGCGCAUGUUUCCCACCUUCCAGGUGAAGAUAUUCGGUAUGGACCCCAUGGCUGACUACAUGCUCCUCAUGGAUUUCGUCCCCGUGGACGACAAGCGAUACCGGUACGCCUUCCACAGCUCCUCCUGGCUGGUGGCCGGCAAAGCCGACCCCGCCACCCCCGGGAGGGUGCACUACCACCCGGACUCCCCGGCGAAAGGGGCGCAGUGGAUGAAGCAGAUCGUUUCCUUCGAUAAGCUCAAACUGACCAACAAUUUGCUGGAUGACAACGGGCAUAUCAUUUUGAACUCCAUGCACAGAUACCAGCCGCGUUUUCACGUGGUCUACGUGGACCCCCGGAAAGACAGCGAGAAGUACGCGGAGGAGAACUUCAAAACCUUCGUCUUCGAGGAGACCCGCUUCACGGCCGUGACCGCCUACCAGAACCACCGGAUCACACAGCUGAAGAUCGCUAGCAACCCUUUUGCCAAGGGAUUCAGAGACUGCGACCCUGAGGACUGGCCGAGGAAUCACAGGCCAGGGGCCCUUCCUCUCAUGAGUGCUUUUGCCAGAUCACGGAAUCCAGUCUCUUCCCCGGCCCACCAGAAUGGGACAGAGAAAGAUGCUGCCGAGAGCCGGCGGGAGUACGAGCGGGAGGCGGCCGGCGGGACGCCGCUGCACGCCGAGGCCGCGCACCAGCAGCUCAUGUCCCGCGUGCUCAGCCCCGCGCUGCCGGGCGGCGGCGGCGGCCUGGUGCCCUUGGGCGGCGCGGGCGGCGGCCGGCCCAGCCCGCCCCACCACGAACUGCGCCUGGAGCCCGCCGCCUCGGAGCCCCUCCACCACCACCCCUACAAGUACCCGCCGGCGGCGGCCGCCGCCUACGACCACUACCUGGGGGCGAAGAGCCGGCCCGCCCCGUACCCCCUCCCCAGCAUCCGCGGGCACAGCUACCACCACCACCACCAUCACCACCACAUGAACGCGGCGGCCGCGGCUGCGGCGGCGGCCGCCAACAUGUACUCGUCGGCCGGCGCGCCCGCCAACUACGACUACGGGCCCAGAUAA